AUGUCUCGCUACAACUACAACAGCCACUACCGUCGCAACGACGACGACUUCGACUACAACGUGGCCAACUACAAUGAAGAUAAUGAAUCUGCCAAGAGUGAUGAAUAUGGUUACGGCGAAGACAGCUUCGAUGAAAAAUUCCCAACCUACGCUCCCUACAACUACAACAAACACCCACAGAAUCAACAGUCGAAGCAGCAGCCGCCACAAACCAACGACUACUACAGUCCCCGCCACCAGGCCAACAACGUUAAACACGACCACACCCAGCAACAGCAGAACGAUUACAAAACAGCCAACAGCACGAACGUCAUCAAAACCAGCAAUAUCAACAACAACAAUAAUUUCACCAUCCUCUCGAUAGCGGACACCGCAAAUAAAAAAGCGAGAAUGUUGGAGAAAAUGCAGAAUUUUUUGCGACAAGUGACGAGCGACACGUCGGCCUGCAAAAUAUUUUUCGCCCUCAACGAAGCCGCACUUUCUUCUUUGAAUCCAUUUUUGGCCCUCUACUUCAAGCAGAUGGGCAUGUCUCCAACGAAAACUGGAGUUCUGCUGGGUCUUCGAGCACUCGCUCAGUUGAUAUUCAUUCAACUUUGGAACAGAACGGUGGAUCGCUGGAAGAUUUGGAAGUGCAUUUUUCUCAUCAGCUUGCUUGGUUGGAUAAUUUGCACCGUCUGUUUGCCGCUCGCCUCGCCGCACGUUGACUCCUGCAUCGUCCACAAUGGAACCUGGCCCUAUUUGUAUGCCGUUGACACGCCAGACAAGGAGGAGGCAUACGUGAGUCUACCGUACGCGGAUGUCAGGCGAGUCGUCAAAAGAUCAGCUGAUGAUAACAACGUAGCUAAACUUUUGAAUAAAAAAGUUGAAGGAGACGGUGGAACAGAAUUUGUAAAAUUAAGCAAUAAAUUAAAAAACCGUAUUCGGAAUCAAAAUGUAGGAUACUCGAUUGAGAACCUCGAUAUUAUGAAAGGACUUCAAGUGAAUAACCAGAAGGAACAAAACCAGCUCAAGCAUUGGCGCAAUCUGCUACAAUAUGAGGACGAACUAUUAGAUGACAAAUAUAAUAGACCAAGUUAUUUCAACUCUGUAAGUUACGAAGUUUACAAACUGCAACAGGCAAGAAAGCAACGCCAACAAACACAACGAAACGAUGAUCUGAUGAGAGAGUUGUUGCUGCAGCAGAGAGCCCAGCAACAACGAGAGCUGCAAAAACGUUUGAAGUCGUUGGUAAAAAGAUCAAAUGGUAGGGCGUUCGUACCAGUUUAUAUUCCGCCAACGAUCGCAACGACCACAACUACCACCACCACAACAACUAAAAAAUCGAAAAAAAAGAAAACUAAAAGAACAACAACCACUCCCCCCCCGACAACGACAACAACGCCAUCAGUUUUACUAGUGUACGAUAACCUGGAUUAUGAAGACAACGACGAUUCCAUUCCAGAUGAAGAGGAAACCGAAACUGUACGAUUUGGAGUUAACGUGGAAGUGAAUGGAGAAGUGAAUGAAGAAGAAAGUGAAGUUCCAAACCCGGAUGACGUAGAGACGAGUAUUGAACAAUAUUACAACGAGCCCUACACCUUUUAUCACCAGAAAACCACGCCGGCCUCGCUUAGGUACCAAGAGGCUCCCAAAGUAAUAACACCACAUGCGUUCUUUCGAGCAACAACACCCACCACCACCACCACCACAACUACCACCACCACAACAACAACAACUAUUUUGAAACAAUUCAUGCCGCUGCCUGUUUACUUGGCGACCAAACAAAAAACGAAAAACUAUAAAAUAUUGACUACAAUCUACUACCCUACCAUUUCAACAACAUCUUUGUACAUUUAUGCUCAAGAACACAUUGAAGCUGACAGUGACAUACCGACGAUGAAUUUUUAUCGUUUCAAACAAGUUCCUAAUUUCGGGCAAUUUAUGCCGGGAUUUUCACCGCUUAAAAUUGGAUUAAGAUACGCCCAGCCCCCAAGUUACAUCUCCGACCUGUCACCAUCGUCACAAUACUACUUACCGGUUGAAUUUUACACCCCGGUGCAAUCGAUCCUCGCCUACCGAGAUACCGACAUUAGGAACUCCUUCCUGCUCACGUUGUUUUUACUGAUAAUGGGAGAAUUUUUUAGCGCACCGGUCGCUAUUUUAUCGGAUUACGCGGCUCUUCUGGCAUCUGGCAACGAUGCUGAAAUAUUUGGACGGCAGAGAAUAUUCGGUACAAUCGGUUCAACUAUUGUCGUAUUUUUCCUCGGAGUCGGAUUGGAUCGAAGUGCCGAGAUACACUGCGGAGGCACUGACCCUAUUCCCGAUCGAGAUUUUUCUGCUUGUUUUAUUUCAUUCACAAUUUUGGCAUGUUGUUCAGUGCUGGCAGCGUUCAAACUGCAGUUUGAAAGCGAAGAAGAUGGGAUGAGGCAAUCUUCAUUUCCGUUCUUUUCUGGAUCUGGAAACCUUGCUCUGAGCGAGAUGAAAGACAGAGCUGUUGAUAAAGUGAAAGAAACGAUAACAAGACGAAAGAAACAAGAUCGGGAGAAUUUGGUGGAACUGAUGAGAUCGAAGGCGGUCCAAUGGGUUACAGCGGCUUGGCGUCCAAGGGUCGAAUGA